ACUGAUUCCUUCAUGACUCAAUAAAGGACGGAGAAAAAGGCACUGCGAUCGUUUAGAAGAUUUUCAUUUCUAACAAUUGGGGGCUCGUCCUCGGGAAUCUCCAAACGUUUUUUCCAUUACAACCGACACCGGAAGUGCUCUUGUGGAAGAUUCGUCUGCAACUGUGCUGAUACCAGAAAUUUCGGGAGUCAACCCUCAAUUGUGGGCGGAACACAAGGAUGACGUAGGGUUAAUAGAUCCAGCCCUACAGGGCGAUUUUGAUAAAUAUUAGGCCUGUGUUUCAUAAACACCCGCUUUCAAAGGAAAAAAGAGGAGGGAAAUUAAACCUCUCCUUGUUCGAUUUUUGGAACAAGGCAUUCUGGUUCGAACUCAUUCACCUUAUAAUACACCAAUUAAUCCAAUUAAGAAAGCUAAUGGUACUUGGCGUUUAACGCAAGACCUCAGAAAAAAUUAAUGAUUUGAUCAAACCACUUGCUCCUAUUGUACCAGAAGUUCAGGCUAUAAUUAAUUAUAUUCCUUCAGAACAUAAAUUUUAUUCUGUUAUUGAUUUAAGCUCCGCAUUUUUCAGUAUUCCUGUUCAUCCUGAUACUCAGCCACUGUUUGCAUUUUGUUUUCAGAAUUGUCAAUACAGUUGGACACGUCUCCCUCAAGGGUUCAGAGAUUCUCCGGCUGAUUUCUCCGCUGUAGUGCACGACACACUGAAAGAUGUCAAACUUCCUCCAGACACCUGCUUGCUCCAAUAUGCUGACGACAUUCUUGUCACCGGUGCCUCUGAGGACAUGUGUGCUGCUGCAACAAAGAUUGUUUGCAAUGUCCUGGCUGAAGCUGGUUUCAAGGCAUCUAGAGACAAACUUCAAUGGGUGCAGAGAAAAGUCCAUUACCUUGGACAUGAACUGUCACAAGGCCAAGUUCGUCUGUCUGCGGACAGGAUCAAAGCCAUCGCUACAUUUAAGCAUCCAUCCACACGGAAGCAAAUGCAAAGCUUCCUGGGACUGGUCAAUUACUGCCGACUGUGGGUGCCUGAUUGCUCCAUGUAUGACAAAAUCCUGCGCGAAGCUACGCUGGGUGACAAAGACGAUAUUACAUGGACAAGUGAGAUGAAUCAAGCAUUCAAACAUUUGCAAGCAUCACUCUUAAGGCCGCCUGCCCUUGGCCUACCCUGUUACACACAAGACUUUCAUCUAUACGUGUACGAAAGUGGGGGCACAGCCGCAGCAAUCCUGGCCCAAGAGCAUGGGGGCACUUUUCGUCCAAUAGCUUAUUUAUCUAAGACCCUUGAUUCGGUCGCUAAGGGACUUCCGGCUUGUUUGUGUGCAGUGGCUGCUACAUCAGUCAUGAUACAGGCUGCUGAAAAGGUGGUUUUGUCACAUCCUCUUAUUGUACAUGUUUUUCAUCAGGUAGGAGCCAUUAUGCAUAAUAUUUCGACUCAACACAUGACUGCCCAACGCCGUUCUGGCUAUGAGGCUAUAUUGUUAGUUACUGCUAAUGUAACGUUGAAAGUACCUUCUGUUAUUCAUGGCCCUACUGUACAUCUGCAUAGGUUGCUGACACAAGGUGAAUUUGAGAGCGACGACCACGACUGCCUGAACAGGAUCCAAAUUUCGACUGCUUGCAGGCCAGACGUUUCCACGUCUGUCCUGGAGGAGGGCAUCCAUUGGUAUAUUGAUGGAUCCUGCUUUAAGCCAAACGACAGUACAUAUUUGUGUGGUUAUGCUAUUGUUGAAUUGCCUAAUAAAGUAAUUGAAGCGUAUUCACUGCCACAUAAAUCAGCACAAGUCGCAGAACUGAUUGCUUUGACAAGAGCUUGUCAAUUGGCAAAAGGUCAGUGUAUCAACAUAUAUACUGACUCCAAAUAUGCGUAUGGCGUAGUCCAUGAUUUUGCUAAAUUGUGGGAGGAAAGAAAUUUCAAAACCUCCGAAGGAAAACCUAUUUCGCAUCAUAACUUUGUUGCCGAGCUGAUCAGUGCAGCACAGCAACCAUUGAAGCUUGCUGUAAUUAAAGUAGCUGGUCAUAAAACAGGUGAAUCUGACGAGGCCAAAGGUAACAGAUUUGCGGAUGAAGUAGCGAAAUGGGCAGCAAAAGAAGCAAUGCGUAGUCCGCAUGUAAAUGAACAAAACAAUGAAGUGCCAAUGAUGAAUUCAUCUUUGAUUAAUGAUUUGGAUGAUAAAAUCUUACAAGCGAAUCUUACUCAACAUGAUUUGACUCAUUGGGCAGCCAUUGAAGUGAAACCAGAUCAAGUUGGUAUUUUAAGAGAUAAACAAGGUAGAAUCGCGCUACCAGCAUCUACUGUUGUAAUGCUGUGUAGACAUUAUCAUGGUGUAUCACACGUGUCAAAAGAGAAAGUGAUACAAAAUUUGAAUCAAUCAUACUGCAUUGCGAACGUUCGAAGAAAUACUUUGUUGAUAUUGGAUGCUUGCCUGGUGUGUGCGCAAACAAACAGGCACAAGGCAAUCAGCCAUGAUGCUUUACCGCAUCCUGAACUUCCUUUCCAAUAUUUACAGAUCGAUUUUACACACAUGCCUCCAUGUGGAAAUCACAAGUAUUUGCUCGUGAUUAUUGAUCGAUUUACUAAGUGGCCUGAGGCUGAACCGGGUGGAAAAGAAGAUGCAAAGACAGUAGUGAAGGUUCUUGCCAAAGAAAUUAUACCGCGUUUCGGUAUUCCGACUGUUAUAGCAAGCGACAAUGGAACUCCAUUUGCUUCUAAAGUAACACAAUUGUUAGCUAAAGAACUUAGUAUUAAUUGGCAUUUUCAUAUCCCGUAUCAUCCUCAGUCUUCGUCAAACGUGGAACGUUUGAACAAAACGAUAAAAGAACGUCUUAAUAAAGCGUGCUUAGAUACGGGCAGAAAUUGGGUUGAUUUAUUGCCUGCCAUAUUGACGGGAAAUGAGAAUGUCUCCGUCAGCCACUACAAAACUGUCUCCCUUUGAAAUUCUCAUGGGUAGACCUUUCCCGACCCCUUGGGUCAGAGGUCGCGCUGGCAAUCUUUCCACAGGUGACACGGAGGUGAUCAUCGCGGAUUAUGUGGAUUCCAUAGAUAGAACGUUAAAUGACAUAAAUGAUGAUAUCUCUCUCCCUCUGCCUGCAGAAAGCCCUACUCAUUUGUUCCGAAUCAGCAGGUUCUGUUGAAGUAUCUGAAACCAAAAAGUUAGGUGAGCCAAAGUGGGCCCAACUACUGUACUGCCGGUGACCCGAACGGAGGUGCUGACUGAUCUUCAACCACAGUGGAUCCACGCAAGCCGCGUGAAGCUUGCUCCAGAGGAGGGCCUUACUGAUUCAAGGUGAACGGUGAAAGCACUGGAGGAGCUGAACACGCAGCGCCAGUGCCCAACCGGAAUCUUUGAAUUAGGAGGACCUGAGGAGGAACCUGGAACAGUCAACAUGAAAACAUUCCUACUGACACUGCAUAGGGCAGGUGUUCGUGCUUGCCUAUGCCCGUUCAGUAUCAAAACAAAAGCAAGGAGUCACAAGUGUAAUUCCAAUUCCUAGAAAUAAUGUAUAAUGGUUUAUGUUUUAUGGUAAUAUUAAAUGAAGAUGUUUUUUGUUAUGAAGGUAUGGGUAAACACCCAGAAACGAAGGUACAUAGAAUGUGGUGCCUCAAAUGACCCUGAACUAUAUUUAGACAGUGUUGGACAGCCAAGAGGUAUUAAAUGUUUGGAUUAAUUCUUGGCUAAAGAUGGAGUAGGAAUAUGUAAAAUAUUUGGUGAUAAAUGCUAUACAUACAUCCUGGGAAAGGGAAGGGAUAAGUUGAAUAAAGAAUUUAGCUGAUAACGUCAGGGAAUAUGGGGACAUUUUCCAAUGUGUUUGGGUGGUUCGCACCCUGGAUGUCUUCCAUUAUAUCGAUUGCUAUAUGCAUUCUAUUUAUGUUAUUAUUUGGCCUAUGUUUGUUACAAUUACUAAUGCAAAAGAGUGACUGUAAUGUUUGUACAUAUAUACCCGAAAAUGAUGAAGAUGGUCAUAUCAUAGAUGGUAUAAAUAAUAUGAAAAAAAUUGUUGAUGAAUUACAGAGAAGACAAAUGGAUGAUAGAUUAUGGGUUUGGAGAUUGGAUUACAAGUUAGCAAACAGAACUAUCAAGUACUAAUGACUUUGAAGAAAAUGUUUGAUUGAAAUAUGUUUCAUGUAUUAUUCUGUAAUAAUGGACAUACUGAGAAUCAUGUAAUGUGAUAAUUAUGUUAUAAUAUAACGUCAUUAUCAAAGCGGGCACUGUCAGAAAUAGGUAUAUCUCAGCUCUGUCCAAGAUAGAAAAUGCUGUGUUUGGACAUUCCAUUCCCAAUACAUUAUCUAACAUCUGUUUCAUAUUAACUUGGAGUUGUACAGAGCCCCCUCCUUGCCUCAUUUCUUUCUUUCUGUAUGUUUGUGUAUAUUGUAUGAAUGUGUAUGACAGAGGUCCGAAGGAUCCUUAGGAUUCAAGGGGAGUCUUUGUCCUAUGGAAUCGUUAUUAUUGAUAUCUGUGUGAUGUAAUGCAUGUUCUUAUUGGAUAGUUCUGUAAACUCCCCUCCAAUAUUGCAAUAUAUAUAUUUGUACGCUAUAUGAGCUGAGUUGAGCUACUUUAAUUUCGCUCCCCAAUAUUGGAUGCUUUGUACUGAUUCCUUCAUGACUCAAUAAAGGACGGAGAAA